AUGUCAUGCCCAUUUCGCAUCGUGGAACAUGUAGUUCCGGGACAGCAUCUCCGGGAAUAUCCUCGGGCAACAUCAACGUCGCAGGAAGAAACACUCUAUAUUGCCGUGAAACAGUACAUUCCGCUAGAUAAUCCCCAUCCACAGCCGGGCGAUGUUACUAUCAUUGCAGCGCAUGCAAAUGGCUUUCCAAAGGAACUUUAUGAACCGCUCUGGGAGGACAUCUAUGCUCGAUCAAAGAAGCAUGGCUUCAGGAUACGCAGUAUUUGGAUGGCAGAUGUGGCGCACCAGGGUCAGAGCGGUGUGCUCAACGAAAACAUACUUGGAAAUGACCCAAGCUGGUUUGAUCACCCGCGAGAUCUGUUGCAUCUAAUCAACCUCAAGCGCGAUGAGAUGCCACGCCCGAUUGUCGGGCUUGGUCACAGCAUGGGGGGAGCACAGCUCCUGGUACUAUUAGAUCCCGUCAUUCAACGGCAGUCGACUCAAUAUGCCGGUGUCCCUAUGAACACUAUCCUCUCAACACACCGCCGAGAGAUCUGGCCAUCCCGGAAAGCAGCAAUGGAGAGCUUCAAUCGAAGCCCCUUCUACAAAGCCUGGAAUCCGCGCGUUCUAGAGAGAUGGGUCAAGUACGGACUGCGGGACUUGCCAACUCUCAUUCACCCACUGCCAUCAUCGUCACCAUCGCCAUCUUCUUCGUCUAGCUCAACAGCAGAACCCGAAGAAACCAACCCCGUCACCCUUACCACAACCCGACAUCAAGAAGUAUUCACCUUCUCACGACCCAACUACGACUACGACCCCACAACCUCCAAACCCGCUAGCAUACUCGAAACACCCGAUCUCGUCCCCAACGCAGAAAAUGCGCAUCCAUUCUACCGGCCCGAGCCCAAAUACAUCUUCUCCCAGCUACCGCACGUCAGACCAAGUGUCCUCUACAUUUUCGGCGGACAAUCAGACAUGUGCAAACCGUCCAUGAUGCGCGACAAGCUCGAGAACACGGGUGUUGGGCAUGGCGGCAAUGGCGGCGUGGGAGCCGGCAGAGUCAAGUCAGUAUUUCUGGAGGGCAAGGGUCAUCUUUUGGCGCAGGAAGCGGUUACAGAAUGUGCCGAUGCGGCAACUGAGUUUUGGGCAGCAGAAUUGGGGCGUUGGAGGGAGGAAGAGGAUGCUUUUCUACGCGGGAAGUGGAAGAGCGAGAAAUCGCAGGCUGAGAAGGUAACUGUCGAUGAGCGGUGGUUGAGAGAAGUUGGCCCGCCUCCUGCGAAGUCUGGCAAGGUUACUACGGAUGGUAAUUCUUCGAAACCGAAGUUGUAA